CUAAAGAGRACAAGAAAUAAUGAAGAUCACUGACAAAAGAUAACACAUAAAGAACAUUUUCAAAGUCAUUGUGUGUCRAUAGUUUAAUUACAACACAUUCUAGCACCGCCUUUUAUUUCUKUUGGAAAAAUUAAUCUAUAUAUAACAGUUCAAGGAGUUUAUCACGUCGAGAACAAGUCYUUUCAMCAAAGCUCUUCAUCUCCGAAAUGCUUGCCUGAUUGCAGUAACUAAUAUUUAAGAUGUUGUAUUCUCUCGGUUGGUUCUUCAUCUAUKUCCUUGUGGCUGCCAAACAAAUUACAAGCCUUGCCUCRAAUGCCUACCUAGGACCUUAUGGUGGAAUGUUUGUGAAAUUUCCUUUUCGCUCUCUUGCUGUAAAGAGUAUUUCCACCAAACGAGUGCCAAAUGAGAUGCAUUGCUCGAUGAAUUGUCAACGAAAUGACAUAUGUUUUUCGUUUAACUUUGCYGCCACCAAUGAUAGCGUUGGAAAUUUCGUAUGUGAACUCCUAUCAAAAAGCCAUCUUUACAAACUCAAAAACUUCAAGACCAAUGACAGUUUCCAUCAUUUUGGUCGGAAGGACUUCUGUAGUCCAAAUGUCAAGGGGUUACCGUCACCUGAUAGCGAUAAUACCUACACAUGCCCAUGCAAAGAAGGUUAUACCGGUUUGAGGUGUGAAACUGAUAUUGAUGAAUGCGCCAGCAGUCCUUGUGUUCAUGGCAAGUGCAAAGAUAUGGUGAAUGCCUAUAAAUGCAACUGUAACCCGGGAUAUACUGGAGUAAAUUGCGAGACAGAUAUCAACGAAUGCCAAAGUAACCCGUGUGUCAAYGGUACUUGUGAAGACAAAGUGAAUUCCUACAAAUGUAAUUGCAUACCAGGUUUUACCGGCACGAACUGCGAACAGGACAUUGACGAGUGUUCAAGCAAUCCAUGCAAAAAUGCCGGAAUCUGUUCUAACCUAGUAGAUGCAUACAAUUGCACAUGUGCAUCSAGAUACCAUGGUACCAACUGCGAGAAUAAAUUAGGACCAUGUGACGUUAACCCAUGCGCAAAUGGUGGAACGUGUACCGAGUUGUCAGACGAAAACUUCGAAUGUGCUUGUUUGCCCGGCUACUACUGGUCUAAGUGCCGAUUUCAUGCCUACGCCUCAAAUGAUUAUAAAACUGCGGAUGAUGCCGACAAMGAUUGCAAGARCCGGGGAAUGGMACUCGCCAUGAUAUUCCAAAGCUCAGUUAAUAAAMUACUAAAAGGUCUGCACCAAUCAGAUUUCUGGAUUGGUCUGAAAAAAGUUAACGGCSKUUGGAAAUGGCCYAACGGAACMGARCUGGAUGAGAAUGUUUACAGCAAAUGGAAUUCUCAAAUAGGUUCAAACAAUUGCGUUAAGAUGGAYCCAAGUAAUGGAAAAUGGAAAUCAGAUCCUUGCACCAACUCUCGCCCAUUUGUCUGCACAUCUUAURAAUGUGCCAGCAAUCCUUGUGGGAAUGGAUCAACGUGUUUGGACAAGAUUAACGCGUACAAAUGUACUUGUGAAGUGGGGUUUACCGGUACUAACUGUGAAACUGAAUUCGGAGCGUGUAACAGUAAUCCGUGCAAAAAUAAUGCUACUUGCAUCAACUUACCUUUACUGAAGUACAAAUGCGAGUGUUUGCAAGGCUACUAUGGGGGGAAAUGUUUUUACCGUAUCUACGCCUCUAAUGURACCAAAUCUUAUGAAAAUGCCGAAGCGUCUUGUGAAAAACAAGGCAUGCCCCUUGCAAGAAUAAAUARCAAAGGCGUGAAUGAAGUGCUGCGGAAGGUGUUCCAAUCAAAUUUCUGGUUUGGAUUAAGAAAAUACGGCAGUAAAUGGAAAUGGCMUGGCGGUGAUGAACUUAAUGACGAGGAUGACUAUAGAAACUGGGCUCAAGGGCUGCCUGGUAGCGGGGGACUAGGUCAGUGCGUGUUUAUGGAUUGGAAUGACGGAACAUGGAAAAGGGAUGACUGCUUCUCUGAGUACCAUUUUGCAUGCUUAAAAUGGGAAUUGCACGCAAAGCAGACGUACAUAUCUACUUCUGACGCAAAGACAACAAAAACAUUAGAUCAGUUUCUUCUCGGAAAGUGUUGCCUAAUUUCAUCAACUAGCAUAAUGAUGCUCUAUCCUCUCGAGUACUUCCUCGUCUAUGCACUUGUGACUACCGGACAGUUUACAGUCGUUGUCUCGAAUGCUGCCUUCAUAGGAAGUUUCAGUGACUUGUUUACGAAAUUCCCUUUCCACUCUCUUCCUGAAAAAAGCAUUUCCAUCAAGCGAGUGCCAAAUGAGAUGCAUUGCUCGAUGAAUUGCCAACGAAAUGACAACUGCUUUUCGUUUAAUUUUGCUGCUACCAAUGAUAGCGUUGGAAAUUUUGUGUGCGAACUUCUAUCAACAAAGCAUUCUUACAAACACAAGAACUUCAAAACCAAUGACAGCUUCCAUCAUUUUAGCUGGAAGAUUCCACAAGACUUUUGUAGUUCAAAUGUCAAGAGUUUUCCGUCACUAAACAGCGACAAUACCUAUGACUGCCCAUGUAAAGAAGGUUUUACCGGUUUGAGGUGUGAAAUUGAUAUUGAUGAAUGCGUCAGCAGCCCCUGUGUUAAUGGAAAAUGCAAAGAUAAAGUGAAUAGCUUUGAAUGCUCCUGUCACCCUGGAUAUGCAGGAGUGAGAUGCGAGACAGAUAUCAACGAAUGCCAAAGUAACCCGUGUGUCAACGGUACUUGUGAAGACAAAGUGAAUUCGUACAAAUGUAAUUGCAUACCAGGUUUCAAUGGAAGAAACUGUGAAGUCGAUAUCAACGAGUGUGCAAAUAACCCUUGCAAUGCAGGCCAGUGCAUUGACAAAAUCAAUGAAUAUGAAUGCAAAUGUAAUGGAACUGGGUUUACAGGAAAGAAUUGCGAAACAGAUAUAGACGAGUGUGCAAGCAACCCUUGUAGGAAUGGAUCAACUUGUUUGAACAAAGUCAAUGCUUACAACUGUACUUGUGAAGUUGGAUUUACGGGUAAAAACUGUGAAACUGAAGUUCAACCAUGUGACAGCAACCCAUGUAAAAAUAAUGGAACUUGCAACAAUUUGUCUUCGCUGAAAUACAGCUGUAACUGCAMUCAAGGRUACUAUGGAAUCAAUUGCCAAUUCCAUAUUUAUUUUUCGAAUGAGACAAAAAUCGCGAAUGAUGCCCAAAAAGACUGCAAGCAACGUGGAAUGCUGCUAGCAAAGAUAWGGAAAGAAAGCGUAAAUAACAUGCUGCAGAAACUGUUCAAAUCAGAUUCAUGGAUUGGAUUAAGAAGGAAAGUAGUAGGUGGUGAUUGGAUAUGGAGCGAUAAUGCCAAGCUGMAAAAUGAUGACUACAGCAACUGGGAUCAAGGUGAGCCAAUUCMCGGAAAUGGCUGGUGCGUUUUUAUGGACUGGACUAGUGGAAAAUGGAAAGCAGAUAGAUGUAGUAUCGCUAAAUAUCAUUUUGCAUGCUUAAGGUAUACUUAUAAUGACAUAAGGGAAUUGCACGCAAAGCAGAAGUACAUAUCUACUUCUGACGCAAAGACAACAAAAACAAUAAUCACUCGGAAAAUUUCAUCAACUAGCAUAAUGAUGCUCUAUCCUCUCGAGUACUUCCUCGUYUAUGUACUUGUGACUACCGGACAGUUUACAGUCGUUGUCUCGAAUGCUGCCUUCAUAGGAAGUUUCAGUGACUUGUUUACGAAAUUCCCUUUCCACUCUCUUCCUGAAAAAAGCAUUUCCAUCAAGCGAGUGCCAAAUGAGAUGCAUUGCUCGAUGAAUUGUCAACGAAAUGACAACUGCUUUUCGUUUAAUUUUGCUGCUACCAAUGAUAGCGUUGGAAAUUUCGUGUGCGAACUACUAUCAACAAAGCAUUCUUACAAACACAAGAAUUUCAAGACUAAUGACAGCUUCCAUCAUUUUAGCUCKAAGAUUCCACAAGACUUUUGUAGUCCAAAUGUCAAGAAUUUCCCAUCACCUAACAGCGACAAUACCUAUGACUGCCCAUGUAAARACGGUUAUACCGGUUUGAGGUGUGAAAUUGAUAUUGAUGAAUGCGCAAGCAGCCCCUGUGUUAAUGGAAAAUGCAGAAAUAGAGUGAAUCGCUAUGCAUGCUCCUGUCAUCCUGGAUAUACWGGAGUKAGAUGCGARACAGAUAUCAACGAAUGCCAAAGUAAUCCGUGUGUCAACGGUACUUGUGAAGACAAAGUAAAUUCCUACAAAUGUUAUUGCAUACCAGGUUUUACCGGAACGAACUGCAAAGUUGAUAUCAACGAGUGUGCAAAUAACCCUUGCAAUGCAGGACAUGAAGCAGUUUUCUUGUUUCCUCAUUAUUUCCCACAAAUGUAUUUUAAUAUAGACGAGUGUGCAAGMAACCCUUGUAGGAAUGGAUCAACUUGCUUAAAUCAAGUCAAUGCAUACAAAUGUACUUGUGAGAUGGGAUACACCGGUACAAACUGUGAAACUGAUAUCUACGUUUCAAGUGUGCCAAAAACCGAAGGUAACGCCAAUAACGAAUGCAUUGGACGAGGUCUGUCUCUGGCCAAGAUAACUGAACAAGGCGUAAAUGAAAUGCUGCAGAAAAUGUUCCAAUCAGAUUUCUGGAUUGGAUUAAAAAAGGGCGGCAGUGGGUGGGUGUGGCGUGCUGACAGUUCCUUACUACAAGUUGAUGACUACAGCAACUGGGUUCCAGGUGAGCUGACGAACAGUGGAGGAGGCAAUUGCGUUAUUAUGGAGUGGACUAGUGGCAAAUGGAAAAGAAAAAAGUGUAAUAACAAUCGAUACCCUUUUGUAUGCAGUAAUUAG